UUUAUAAUAAGCUUUGCUGGCACUUCUCCCACAUAAUAAACUUUUUUUCUCUCUUUCUCUUUGUUCUUCUACCUUAUUUUCUUUCCCUAGUCAAGGAGAUUCAUCUCUGCAGCAGGUUGUUUUAGAAAAGAAAAAAUGCUGAAGAUUUGCUGCAUUGGGGCUGGAUAUGUGGGGGGUCCAACAAUGGCAGUCAUUGCACUGAAAUGCCCCUCAAUUGAAGUGGCUGUUGUUGACAUCUCUAAAUCCAGGAUUGCAGCAUGGAACAGUGACCAGCUCCCUAUCUAUGAGCCAGGCCUUGAUGAUGUGGUGAAGCAAUGUCGUGGCAAGAACCUUUUCUUCAGCACUGAUGUUGAGAAACAUGUCUAUGAGGCCGACAUAGUGUUCGUCUCCGUCAACACCCCGACAAAAACUCGUGGUCUUGGAGCCGGAAAGGCUGCAGAUUUGACUUACUGGGAGAGUGCAGCACGCAUGAUUGCUGAUGUCUCCAAGAGUGACAAGAUUGUGGUGGAGAAAUCCACUGUCCCUGUGAAAACUGCUGAGGCCAUAGAGAAGAUUUUGACUCACAAUGGAAAGGGAAUCAAGUUCCAAAUCCUUUCAAACCCUGAAUUCCUUGCUGAGGGAACUGCAAUCCAAGAUCUUUUCAACCCGGAUCGAGUCCUAAUUGGAGGCAGGGAGACCCCAGAAGGCCAAAAAGCAAUUCAAACAUUGAAAAAUGUGUAUGCUCAUUGGGUUCCUGAGAAGAAAAUUCUAACCACAAACCUCUGGUCUGCUGAGCUAUCCAAGCUUGCUGCUAAUGCCUUUUUGGCACAGAGAAUUUCAUCUGUGAAUGCUAUGUCAGCACUUUGUGAGGCCACUGGGGCAAAUGUCACACAAGUUUCCUAUGCUGUUGGCACAGACACAAGGAUUGGACCGAAAUUCCUCAAUGCUAGUGUUGGUUUUGGUGGAUCCUGCUUCCAGAAGGACAUCUUGAACCUUGUCUACAUCUGUGAAUGUAAUGGCCUUCCAGAGGUGGCUGAGUACUGGAAACAAGUGAUCAAGGUCAAUGAUUAUCAGAAGAGCCGGUUCGUGAACCGCGUGGUUUCGUCAAUGUUUAACACUGUUGCAACCAAAAAGAUAGCAAUUCUUGGGUUUGCAUUCAAGAAGGACACUGGUGACACAAGGGAGACACCAGCCAUUGAUGUGUGCAAGGGACUACUCGGCGACAAGGCGCGCCUAAGCAUAUAUGAUCCACAGGUCACUGAGGACCAAAUUCAGAGGGAUUUAUGGAUGAACAAGUUUGAUUGGGACCACCCUAUUCACUUGCAGCCAACUAGUCCUACAACUGAGAAGAAAGUUAGUGUGGUUUGGGAUGCUUAUGAGGCAACAAAGGAUGCAGAUGGUGUUUGCAUUCUAACUGAGUGGGAUGAGUUCAAGAGUCUUGAUUAUCAGAAGGUGUAUGACAACAUGAGAAAACCAGCAUUUGUUUUUGAUGGAAGGAACAUUGUGGAUGUGGAGAAGCUACGUGAGAUUGGUUUCAUUGUGUACUCAAUUGGCAAGCCAUUGGAUCCAUGGCUCAAGGACAUGCCAGCUGUGGCAUAAGAGAGACAUUUCAUCUCAAGGAUUUUGAGGCAUUAUUCAGUUUGGUUCAAUUUUAUUACUACUGGCAAUUGUUUUUUGGAACAAUUUUCUUGGUUGCCAUUUUUCACUUUCCCAUAAUAGUUGGCAUAAAUGAGUAUAAAUUUUGGGAAAGUAGGAGGUCAUAUGUUUUGGGUUUCCUUGUACUGCAAGUCAUCACUACUAUUUGGAUGUUUUGAGUUUAUAAGGAUUUUUUUAUUUUAUUUGAUUAGUAUGGUGUUACUAUCAGUUUGAUGAAUGAAUUGGAAAUUCCAGCAUGAGGAAAA